AUGACCAUCCGAUCAAUGAAGUUUACUCCAGAGGUCCUCCUGGGAGCUCCCCGCCGCUCUGGGCCCAUCCCCAACUCUUCGGGGACACUUGCGGUCUACACGCAGACAUCCUACUCCUUCGACUCUCAUUCCAAGACCAAUGAGAUCCGUGUACUAGACAUCGCCACUGGCCGAUCGGCCCUCAUCACGAACGAUCCGGGCGCCAGCAGCCCACAGUGGCUGGAUAACAGCGACCAGCUGAUCUGGCUGAAGACAAAGGCAAAUGGCAACACCAGUUUCAUUGUCGGAGACGCGCGGGAAGUCGACAAGACCUACACUGCGGGUACUGUUCCCGGUCCCGUGUCGGAUCUCAAGGUGACUGUUGUCGAACCGGGCAAAAUUGGGUUUGCGGUGGCCGGGAAGGCCAACCCGGAUGGUUCAUUGUACAACCCACACGACGCCAAAAAGCCUCUCAGUUCAGGGAGGCUGUACACGUCCCUGUUUGUCCGACACUGGGACUCGUGGGUCGAGCCACAGCGUAACGCUAUUUGGUAUGGCUUGCUGCAGCGCGCACCUCUGUCCCCUGCAACUCGACAGGCGGGCAGAUAUUCCAUCUCUGGGCUGACGAACCUGAUCUCGGUUUGCGGGCUGACUGGGGUUGAGUCGCCUAUCCCUCCUUUUGGCGGCUCAGGCGAUUUUGACAUUAGCCCGUCAGCAAUUGUGUUUGUUGCGAAGGAUCCUAAUCUUAACCCCGCGACGCACACUUCCUGCUCGUGCUACUACUGUCCGAUGUUCUCCUGGACCGGUGUGAGCGCUCUGGAAGCCAAGGUGUGCACGGUCAAGGGUCUCGAGGGUGCUAUGUCAUCGCCUGUUCUCUCGUCUGAUGGUAGCUCCAUUGCUCUCCUCGCGAUGCGUGAGGAUGGUUAUGAGUCGGACAAGAACAGAAUCCUAUACGUUCCAAACCCUUGGAGUGGCGAGAUGAUUGAAGUUUUUGCCUCUGCUGAUGGCAAGGGACAGUGGGAUCUCAGCCCGUCGGCAUUGACAUUUGCUAAGGAUGAUCAGUCAUUAUUCGUUCAGGUCGAGGAGCUGGGCCGUGGCGUUUUGUAUCAGCUUCCGCUCGACAAUGUCCGCCAUAGCACACCUGAUGUGUUGAAGAAGCUCACGCAUUCUGGUUAUGUUACGGAUGUUUUUCCCUUGGGCGUGAAUUCAUCGAAUCUGUUGAUCGCCAGCAAUAAUCUGGUAGACAAUAGCUUGUGGACCAUCAUUGACACCCAGGAUACAUCCAAGGUCAGGGUCGUCUCAUCUAUGGGCCGUGGAGGUGCCGCCUUUGGUCUUUCACCCACACAGGUGGAUGAGAUCUGGUUCAAAGGUGCGGAGGAUCACCCCGUCCAUGCGUGGGUGGUUAAACCGUCCAAUUUUAAGUCUGGCAACAAGUAUCCGCUCGCUUAUCUKAUUCAUGGAGGGCCCCAGGGCGCAUGGAAUGAUCAAUGGAGCACUCGAUGGAACCCUGCCGUGUUUGCUGAGCAGGGUUACGUCGUCAUUACGCCCAAUCCCCGAGGUAGCACCGGAUACGGGCAACCAUUUACGGACGCGAUCCGUGGUUCUUGGGGAGGUCUACCUUACAUCGAUAUCGAAAAAGGGUUUGACUAUAUAGAGGAGAAUCUGGAUUAUGUUGACACCACCCGAGCCGUUGCACUUGGGGCAUCUUAUGGUGGUUAUAUGAUGAACUGGAUCCAGGGCCACUCUCUCGGCCGUCGAUUCAAGGCGCUCGUCACUCACGAUGGUGUAUUCAGCAUGACUUCGCAGCUUGCCAGUGAGGAACAAUACUUCCCGCUCCAUGAUCUGGAAGGCCCGAUCUGGAAGGUCCCAGAGAACUGGGAGAAGUGGGAUCCGUCUCGUUUUACGGAGCAUUGGCAGACCCCGCAUCUGAUCAUCCACAAUGAGCUCGACUACCGUUUGACGAUAGCCGAGGGUCUUGCAGCGUUCAACGUCCUGCAGAUGAGGGGGAUCGAGAGUGCGUUCCUGACCUUCCCAGACGAGAACCACUGGGUGCUCAAUCCAGAGAACUCUCUCGUAUGGCACCAAACUGUUUUCAACUGGAUCAACAAGUAUGCCGGCUUGCCUCCGGUGACCGAUGAGAAGGGCAACGCCUUUACCUCGAAGAAGACGCCAUUGGAGAAGCGUGUAGCUGGUCUAUCCCUUUCAUAG